AUGAAUUUUACUAUUUUAUUGUUUGUAUCACUGUUCUGUGGCCUGAUUUGGGCCCAGGAUGAUGUCAUUCCUCCAGAAACAGAAGAAAACACUGAAAUACAGUCAUGCUUUCCUGACAUGUGUAAUCUCCUGAAAGAGUUUGGUGCCAUGAGAGAAAAACUGGGAGUUAUGGAAAACAGGCUGAAGGACAGUGAAACCAAACUGAAGGACAGUGAAAACCAGAUUAUUGAACUGAAGAACAAAGAAAGAACCAUGGUAGUAUUCAGUGCAGGAACAGGUGGGAAUGGAGCCAUUGGACCCUUCAACACAGAAACAACUGUAAUCUACAGAACAGUGAAAACAAACAUCGGUAAUGCCUACAGUCCAUUCACUGGUAUCUUUGCUGCACCUGUUCCAGGCGUUUAUUACUUCACAUUCUUUUAUCAUGCUGGAGGAGCCAACCCAGUGAGUCUAGCCCUCGUGAAGAAUGGCCAAGCUGUUGCGACAGCCUAUGACCACCGUACAUCGCAUGACGGGGCUGAUAACGGAGGCAAUGCAGUGUUCUUGCAGCUGCAGCAAGGGGACCAGGUUUUUGUACGCUUAGGUGCAAAUACAAAUAUUUGGGGAAACGAUGCCAUUACCACCUUCAGCGGUUUUCUAGUCAGUGAGGUUUGAGAAACAUUGAAUAAUGAUUCAUUUGUCAUUACAAUUUUAAUUUUAAUUUAAAGGAGACCCAUUAUGCUUUUCCAUAUUUUAUGACUUAUCUACUAUGUUACAUUGUUGGAUGUUCGUGUGAAACAUGGCCAAAGCUUCAAAUAACAAGGUAAAAGUAUUUAAAAUAAAUCUCUGUUGGCCAAAACCUCAGAUUUCCUCCUGUUCUGGGAGGGCCAGUUUAAGAUAGAAAAUUAUUUUUUUGAACUUUGAAUCAUGAAAAGCUGCCAUAUAGGAGUCAGAGAACAACAAUUUAGAACUGGAAAUCCAGUAUAAUAGGUCUCCUUUAAGAUCUGAAAUUAUAUGAAAGUAUUCAAAAUCAUAUGUUAAUUUUAAUUGAUUCCUAUUAUUACAGCUGUUCUAGAGACUAUAGUUUAAAAAUUGCACUCACUGACAUUACAAUUUGGCUGUUUAAGUUUUAUACAUACUUUUUUCAUAUAUUAAAGACUUUUGUUUUGCAAUGCUAAUGAAAGGCUGGAAAGUUAGAUCAGAAUUAAUAAUGUCUCAUAAUUAUGUGAGCUUCAUUUAUCAUGUAUUUCUCCACAAAAACAAUAACUUGAACUUCUGUUUUGUCUUAUCAUAAAUGUAUUUUUAGUACAAACGCUUUAUCUUUUGUUUCUUGUGUAGACUUUUGACGUUUUUAACCGUUUGUCUGUUUCUUCUAAAAUUAAAAAGUGAAAAUGCAAAA